AUGACAAAGACUCUCACCAUCAUCGGAGCCACUGGCACCCAGGGCGGCUCGGUUGUGACCGCACUGCUCAACAACCCCAACUACGCUAUCCGUGGUGUCACUCGAAACAUCAAUAGCGACAAGGCUCGCAGUCUGGCGGCACAAGGCGUAGAGGUCGUCCAGGCUGAUCUCGACGAUUUCGAGUCCCUGAAGCUCGCCUUCAAAGGCUCCCACGCUGUCUUCGCCAUGACCAACUUCUUCGAGGCGUGCCUUAGGACCGGGAGUAUGCCGGCCGCUAUGCAGCUCGAGGAGCAGCAGGGCCGCAACCUCGCUACUGCAGCCGCCUCAACGCCAGGGCUGGAGCACUACAUCUGGUCAUCCCUGCCCAACUCCUCACAGAAUACCAAAGGAAAGAUCGUAGUACCCUACAUGGCAAGCAAGAACGCGGUGGACGACUAUAUCCGUACACAGCCGGACCUGUGGGACAAGACAACGCUUAUCUGGUUCGGAUGGCACGCCGAAAAUAUUCAGAACCCUCUGUUCAGGCCGCAGCCAUUAGCCUCCUUCAACCCGCCCGGUAGAGACGUGGUACACCACAUUAACGUACCCGUAGAGACCCAGAUGGCCGCACUCGGCAGCGCCACGGUGAACUCGGGCCUCUGGGUACGCGCUAUCCUCCAGCAACCCGCCAUUACGCUUCCAGGCAAGGCGGUCGCCGCAGUCAUGGACUAUAUAUCCUUCAAGGAUAUCUUCGCCACGUAUCACCAGUCCCGGGCCGAAGCAGCAGGCGCCGGCAAAUCGCCGGGCAAGGCACACGUUGUCGAGGUCAGCGACAACAAGUAUGCUGAGAUGUGGCCAGCCUGGGGCGAGAUUCUAGGUAUCUCGCAACGCUACAUGGCGUCUCUGCCCGGCCAGAGUUUUAGUAGUGUCCAUGAGGAGAUUGAAGUGCUACUGAGGCGCGACCUCGACGGGCUGGACGGGUUGGUCACCACUCAGCAGACCUUUGAUGACAUGGCGAGGGCAUCAGCUACCUAG